AUGGAAGCCAAGCCGUCACAGAAGCGAGAAGGAAUGUCCUUUGCUCCGUUGGAUUUCACUGGUUCUUACAUUUCAUUUCCUGUUUUCAGACUGGGGGAGGGAUCCUUUGGUCUUGUAGUCGCAGCCAAGGAUGCCGUUGCGGGGAAGCGCGUUGCCAUCAAGAAGAUCAAGGAUGCUGUAGAGGAUGAGCAAGAUGGGAAGCGGUUGCUGAGGGAGCUGAAACUCCUUCGCUACUGUCGUGGGCACGAGAACUUCAUCAUCAUCAAGGACAUCAUCUUGUCCCCCCCGGGCAAAGACUUCAAAGACAUCUACAUUGUCACGGACUUGAUGGAUACGGAUUUGCAUCGAAUCGUUCGUUCACCGCAGCCGCUCUCUGAUGAUCAUGUCCGAUACUUCAUAUACCAAGUUCUGAGAGGCCUCAAAUAUAUCCACUCUGCGCAUGUCAUGCACAGGGACUUGAAGCCCAAUAAUCUUCUUGUCAAUGCAAACUGUGAUCUAAAAAUCUGUGAUCUGGGACUAGCGAGGCUCUCCGACGGUGAUGAAUCGUUGAUGACCUGCUAUGUUGUUACAAGAUGGUACCGAGCGCCGGAGCUCCUCCUGGGGAACAAGCAGUACACGGAUGCGAUCGACAUGUGGUCAGUUGGCUGCGUCCUGGCAGAAUUGCUGGGGAGAAAGCCGCUUUUUCAGGGAAAAGACUAUGUUGAGAUGUUGCAAUUAAUCAUCGGUCUCCAUGGAAAUCCCAAGAAAACAGAUUUGAAACAUAUCAGCGAGAAGGCUCAAAGGUUUCUCUCAGACAAAACUCUUUUCCCAGCUUCGAAAAGGUUUUUACCACGGAGCCCUUUCCGCAGAGUGCGCUGGGCUGACUUGUUCCCGAGGGCAAACACACAAGCGCUGGACCUGCUCGACAAUCUCCUUCAGUUCAACCCAGAGAAGCGUCUCACUGCGGAGCAGGCGCUCGCACAUCCUUACAUGCACGAGCUGCAUGAUGUUGAUGAUGAGCCUUCGGCCCCAGACAUUUUCGACUUCAGCUUUGAGCGUCAGAAGCUCUCUGUAGCUCAGAUCCGGGAGAUAGUCGUGCAAGAAAGCCUCCUCUUCUCUAACCUGGACAACAAGGACCUGGCAGUGCCGAUGCAGUCGGAUGUGACAGCGAGACGUUGA